UAUGCGGGAGAAGGAAGGGGUGGGAAUCUGAGGAGGAGACUAUAUUUUUAUUAAUAUUUUUAAUUUUUUUAAAUAUUAUUUUCGCCGUACAACGAGGACGCUCGGAAUUCACCGGCCUGACGGCUCCCGAGAGGGACCCGGGAAUUGUGCCGUCGCUUUUCUUCACCUGCUCUUUUUUUUUUUUCUUUGUUUUGUUUUGUUUUGUUUGUUUGUUUUGAUUGGGGGCUUUUUUAUUACUCUCCUUAUCCGUUCCCCGCUGAGCAGCGGCGGCGGCAGCAGCAGCAGCAAUAUGGCUGGUGAUGGGUUUUUUGGGGGGCGCUGGCGGCGGGAGGAGCUCUCGGAAGCCCCUGCGCGCCCGGCUCGCUGUUAGCUAUGGCAAAUGGCAGCGGCGGCGGCUCCUACCCGGGCGGCAGCGGCGGCGGCGGCGGCAUUAGAAUGAGUAACAAUAUCAACGCCAACAAUCUCAACACAGACUCGUCCUCCUCCCCCGUCAAUGUGCCCAAGAUGGAUGCGCUCAUCAUCCCGGUGACCAUGGAGGUGCCCUGCGAUAGCCGCGGACAGCGCAUGUGGUGGGCUUUCCUCGCCUCAUCCAUGGUUACUUUCUUUGGGGGACUAUUUAUCAUCCUGCUGUGGAGGACCCUCAAGUACCUGUGGACUGUCUGCUGCCACUGCGGGGUCAAAAACAAGGAGGCCCAGAAGAUCAAUGGUGGUGGAGACACACAGGCAGAUGGAGCCUGCAAACCAACAGAUGAAAAAGAGGAGAAUGUGGCAGCAGAAGUGGGAUGGAUGACGUCUGUGAAGGAUUGGGCAGGAGUCAUGAUAUCUGCCCAGACAUUAACUGGCAGAGUACUUGUUGUCUUAGUCUUCGCUCUUAGUAUUGGUGCUCUUGUAAUAUACUUCAUAGAUUCAUCAAAGAGCCGUACAGCAGACUCAUUGAUCCCAAUAGAAUCCUGCCAGAAUUUCUACAAAGAUUUCACAUUACAGAUCGACAUGGCUUUCAAUGUGUUCUUCCUACUCUACUUUGGCUUGCGUUUUAUAGCAGCCAAUGACAAGCUAUGGUUUUGGCUAGAAGUUAACUCAGUGGUAGAUUUCUUCACGGUCCCUCCAGUGUUUGUGUCAGUAUAUUUAAACAGAAGUUGGCUUGGUUUAAGAUUUUUAAGAGCCCUUAGACUGAUACAGUUUUCAGAAAUUUUGCAGUUUCUGAAUAUACUUAAAACAAGUAAUUCCAUCAAGCUAGUGAAUCUGUGCUCUAUAUUUAUCAGCACGUGGCUGACAGCAGCUGGGUUCAUACAUUUGGUGGAGAACUCAGGGGAUCCAUGGGAAAACUUCCAAAAUAAUCAACCGCUAACAUAUUGGGAAUGUGUUUAUUUACUGAUGGUUACAAUGUCCACUGUUGGCUAUGGAGAUGUUUAUGCAAAAACAACCCUUGGUCGCCUUUUCAUGGUCUUCUUCAUCCUUGGGGGAUUGGCCAUGUUUGCCAGCUACGUCCCUGAAAUCAUAGAGUUAAUAGGAAACCGCAAGAAAUAUGGUGGUUCCUAUAGUGCGGUUAGUGGAAGAAAGCACAUAGUUGUCUGUGGUCACAUAACACUUGAAAGUGUGUCCAACUUCCUGAAGGACUUCCUGCACAAGGAUAGGGAUGAUGUCAACGUAGAAAUCGUCUUUCUGCAUAAUAUCUCCCCUAACCUUGAGCUGGAAGCUCUUUUUAAACGACACUUCACUCAGGUGGAAUUUUAUCAGGGUUCAGUCCUUAAUCCCCAUGACCUGGCAAGAGUGAAGAUAGAGUCAGCAGAUGCGUGCCUAAUCCUUGCCAAUAAAUACUGCGCUGACCCAGAUGCUGAAGAUGCCUCCAAUAUUAUGAGAGUUAUUUCUAUAAAGAAUUAUCAUCCGAAGAUAAGAAUUAUCACUCAGAUGUUGCAGUAUCACAAUAAGGCCCAUCUGCUAAAUAUCCCAAGUUGGAACUGGAAAGAAGGGGAUGAUGCAAUCUGUCUUGCUGAGCUCAAACUGGGUUUCAUAGCCCAGAGCUGCCUGGCACCAGGCCUUUCAACAAUGUUAGCCAACCUCUUUUCUAUGAGGUCAUUCAUAAAGAUUGAGGAGGAUACGUGGCAGAAAUACUACCUGGAAGGAGUAGCAAAUGAAAUGUAUACAGAAUAUCUGUCUAGUGCCUUUGUGGGUUUGUCCUUCCCUGCAGUUUGUGAACUGGUGUUUGCGAAACUAAAGCUCUUAAUGAUAGCCAUAGAAUACAAGUCGGAAAAACGUGAAAGCAGAAGCCGAAAGCGUAUAUUAAUCAAUCCUGGAAACCACGUCAAGAUUCAAGAAGGUACCUUAGGAUUCUUCAUUGCAAGUGAUGCCAAAGAAGUAAAAAGGGCAUAUUUUUACUGCAAGGCCUGUCAUGAUGACAUCACAGAUCCCAAAAGGAUAAAAAAAUGUGGCUGCAAACGGCUUGAAGAUGAGCAGCCGUCGACACUAUCACCCAAAAAAAAGCAGCGAAACGGAGGCAUGAGAAAUUCACCCAACUCCUCACCCAAGCUGAUGAGGCAUGACCCCUUGUUAAUUCCUGGCAACGAGCAGAUUGACAAUAUGGAUGCCAACGUGAAAAAAUAUGACUCUACAGGGAUGUUUCAUUGGUGUCCAGCCAAGGACAUUGAAAAGGUUAUUUUGACUCGAAGUGAAGCAGCGAUGACAGUUUUAAGUGGGCAUGUAGUCGUUUGCAUAUUUGGGGAUGUUAAAUCUGCUUUGAUUGGAUUAAGAAAUUUAGUGAUGCCAUUACGAGCCAGCAACUUUCACUACCAUGAACUCAAGCACAUUGUGUUUGUGGGUUCACUUGAAUACCUGAGAAGGGAAUGGGAGACACUGCAUAACUUCCCCAAGGUUUCAAUCUUGCCUGGUACGCCAUUAAGUCGGGCUGAUUUAAGGGCUGUCAACAUCAACCUCUGCGACAUGUGCGUUAUCCUGUCAGCCAAUCAGAAUAAUAUUGAUGAUGCUUCGCUGCAGGACAAGGAAUGCAUCUUGGCGUCACUCAACAUCAAAUCUAUGCAGUUUGAUGACAGCAUUGGGGUCUUGCAGGCUAAUUCCCAAGGCUUUACACCCCCUGGAAUGGAUAGGUCAUCUCCAGACAACAGUCCAGUCCAUGGCCUGUUACGUCAACCCUCCAUUACAACAGGAGCCAACAUCCCUAUUAUUACAGAGCUAGCUAAGCCUGGCAAACUUCUGCCUUUGGUUUCAAUCAGUCAGGAAAAAAACAGUGGAACCCACAUUCUUAUGAUAACUGAACUGGUAAAUGAUUCAAAUGUUCAGUUCUUGGACCAAGAUGAUGAUGAUGAUCCAGACACAGAACUGUAUCUCACGCAGCCCUUUGCAUGUGGAACCGCGUUUGCUGUCAGUGUGCUGGACUCUCUCAUGAGCGCAACAUACUUCAAUGACAAUAUCCUCACACUGAUACGGACAUUGGUAACAGGAGGAGCCACACCAGAGCUGGAAGCACUGAUUGCUGAGGAAAAUGCAUUGAGAGGAGGUUACAGCACGCCCCAGACACUUGCAAACAGGGACAGGUGUCGAGUUGCUCAGUUGGCUUUGUAUGAUGGGCCGUUUGCAGACCUAGGGGAUGGAGGUUGUUAUGGAGAUCUAUUUUGUAAAGCACUGAAAACAUACAAUAUGCUUUGCUUUGGAAUUUAUCGAUUAAGGGAUGCACAUCUAAGUACUCCCAGCCAAUGCACUAAACGUUAUGUUAUCACAAACCCACCAUAUGAAUUUGAGCUUGUGCCGACAGACUUAAUCUUCUGUUUGAUGCAAUUUGACCACAAUGCUGGCCAAUCCCGAGCCAGUCUUUCUCAUUCCUCCCAUUCCUCCUAUUCUUCCAGCAAGAAGAGCUCAUCAGUUCACUCUAUCCCAUCCACAGCAAACCGACCGAACCGUACCAAGACCAGGGAUUCCCGGGAAAAACAGAAUGCAACAAGGAUGAAUAGAAUGGGCCAAGCAGAAAAGAAAUGGUUUACAGAUGAGCCGGAUAAUGCCUAUCCCAGAAACAUUCAAAUCAAGCCCAUGAGCACUCACAUGGCCAAUCAGAUCAAUCAAUAUAAAUCAACAAGCAGCUUGAUACCACCAAUCCGAGAAGUUGAAGAUGAAUGUUGACUCCUUCGAGGCCAGAACUAUUUUUUUAAAGCCUGACAAACUUCAUGAAUGGUGAUGUGACAUUUAUUCCUCUUACAUGCUGAACCACUGAUGGAGAAGUUAAGAAGGGCAAGCUUAAUGGGAAAAUGAAGUAGACAGAUCUUUGUUUGUCUGCCUUUAAUAUUGCUUCCACGUAUUUUGGAAACUAUUUCAUUUAUAAAUGAACAUAAUCAAAACUAGUCAUGUAUAGCCUCUAGCGUUUUAAAUUAUUUUUAUUUAUUAGAAAAAAAUAUAUUUUUUUCUUUUUUUUCAUUGUCAAGUAUUUUCCCUUAAAAAAACCUGCAUGUGUGGCCAGACUCCUAAGAAUUAAAACAAACAAACAAACAAAAAAGAAACAAGAAACCCUUGGUCUUUGGCUUAAAGGAGAAUGAUGGUCACAGUUAUAAGGAUGUGUAAUUAAGGGAGACAAAUGAUAUAUUUACAAAAAGGGGGAAAAAAAGGUCCAACUUGUAUUUUAGUAAAUCAAAAAAAAAAAAAAAAAAAAAAAAAAAAAAAACCCAACAACAAUUCACCAAAAUGUUUCUUUACUGGAAGAUGUGUAUUUUGUUCAGCAUCAACACCAGCUCUUAAUAAACUGAACUUAUUUAUUUUCGAAGUUGAUAGUCAUAUUUUUGUACAUGUAACAUUCUUCUGAAAUAUUCUUUGUUUUAUUAACAUACAUAGAUCAUCUUAAUUGCCAGUUAUGUGAGGGUCCAAUAACCCUGCCCUGUCUCACAUGCACACACACACACACACACACACACACACAGACACACACACAAACCCAGCAUCCUCAGUAACUUUCUGUAACACUAGCAUAGGGAAUGUCACUGCCCUAAACCAAGGGCCAUGUAGAUAAGGUGCACUUGCUAUAAAUGGCAAAUCUGGCAAUUUCACUUCACUUCCCAUUAGCCAUCAGCAGUUGCUAAUUUCAGGAAAGCAGGUUUGGCAAUUCUUCUUUUGCCAUGUAUUACUGUGCUUUCAUCCAGACUGCAUAAAACAGAGCAUGGAAGCGUAAGUUAUAAAUUGUCUCAUCUACCAUAUUUUAUUACUCCUUUACUUCAAAAGUGCUGAUGGCCUUUCAUUGGUCUGAUUUGGUUCAAAUUCUUCCCGAUACAUAUAGAGAUUUAGCUCCAGCUCCUUGCACUUUGGUUAACUCAUACCUUAGUAAAGGACACACUGAAUCUCCUUUUGGGGAAUUGAGAUCAGGAUAAAAACUGGUUUAGCCUCAACUCUAUAAUCUUGCAACAUGCUGUCCUCAGUUCAUUCUUGCACCAAGUAACAUCUUAUUUUAGCAGUUGAUUUUUUGGUUUUGCUUCCCCCCCCAUAAUUUAUUUUCACUUUCCUGGGACACCACACAUAAAAGUACAGUAAUAACCAAAUCAAAAUAAUAAAAGUAAUGAAUGUAUUUAUUUAUUAUGGUAACAUGCAAAAGGCCUUUGAUGGGUGCCUUUUGUGUCAGCAGUUUCACAAAGUUGCCAACAAGCUUUAUAGCCAUCCGGCAAAAAUGCGAUGUUUCAUAUCUGUGCUGCAGUACCUAUCCACCCAAGCAUUUAAGUUCUAAAUGAUUUAGUAACUCUCUCUAUCUCAAAGAAGCAACAUCUGAAACAAUUGUAUGAAGAAAAACAAAAAGAAAAGGUUGUGCUAAUAAGGAAACAAAAACCAAAAACCCAAAACAGAGUCAUCAGGAAAGGCAGAUUUUCAUUGUGCAAGUUAACUUUAGGCUUUGUAAUUUUGCAGAAUUGUUAAACACCACAAUAAAACAUACUGUGGUAUUUUUAUCAGUAGAGAAAUAUCAGUGAAUAAAAAAAAUACAAAGCAGAUGAUGAAUUUAUUGUGAAAACAAUGAUGUCCACUAUAUAAUCCAACAUUUAAGCCAAUCUAUUUCAGCUUUAAUGUUUGUCCACUGGCUGCAGUACAACCAUACUAACACCUAAUAGGCUUUAUUCUGGAGUGACUUCUUGGACUGUGACUAUUUUGUCGUUACAUUUUGUAGAAUAGCUAUUUAAAGACAAUAACAAGAAUUGUUAAUACAGUAUCUGUAAAAUUGGAUUGUUUAAAAUAUUUCAAUCUCCUACAAAGUAAAAGAACAGUUCAAGCAGUUUUUCAUAAUUGUUUAGACUGUGUUUAACACAUUUCACAGUCCCCAAAAGAGAAGAUAAUUCCAGUGAGAUCUUCCUAUAUAUGCUGCAUCAGCUAGUGACACAUAUAAUUUAUAUCCAGUUUCUGCAUUGGGUCAUGUUAAGCCUUUUCUUUGAAGUCAGUGCUCCUUUUUCAUUUAUGAACUGCAUAUUAUAACCAGAAUGGAAAAGCUGGUCCUGAGUACAGAAGAAUUUAGAAAUUUGUGCUCAACCUCACCAAGUACAUAUGAAUUUUUUUUCCUUUUUUUCUUAGAAGACUGGUGUUUACUGUAGAGCCAUAGAACAUUAUAUCUUACAUUUUAUCAUACACAAUGCCAUUUCUGAGUGUUUUUCUGUCAGAACUGAGCAUUCCCUGGAUAAAACAUACCAGUGAAACAAAUAAAACACUCCUACAUAGCUAAGGGGGGGGGGUGUGUGGGUGUGUGUGGGUGUAUGUGUCUCUGUCCAGUUUAACUGUCACACCCAAAAAUACCAUGCUACCAACUGUUUAUAAAUAAAAGGGCAAGAUAUGAACACACUCACGCACUCUCCUGGCACAGAUAGUUUCAUAUGCAAUGAUAGACAGAGCAACACCUGUAGAGAGUAAACAAGACAGAGAAUAACAGGAUACUACAUUUCCCAUUUACAGAAAAGUUAAAAAAAAUAGUCUGUUCUUACUCCUAUUUCUCAUGAUCAAAUUUGCAUGACUGACUUCUGGCAAUUAGAUGGAGGAAAAUGUAGAAAACCUGUUGGGGAUCUUUAAUAUUCAGCAAUUAAAAAAAAUAAAGCCAGCACCAAUAUGUGGAUCUGUGAAGUUACAUUAAAGCUGGGAAAAGGCUGGGAAACGGGGCCUAAGUGACAGCUGACAGACCACAUGAUGACUGAUGUAGAAAUAAGUUCUUGAUCUUUAUUAAUAAUUCUUUCUGAAAAGGCAAAAAGAAAAGGGUGGGAUGGGGGGGGAGGAAUUUCAGCUUUUUCAGUAAAUUGCAUGCACUGUUGAUACAGGCUAUUCAGUUUGUGGUUUUUUUGGUAACUCAUGUAUUGGACAGUGUGUCUCUGUGUGCGUUUGCAUAUAUGCAUGUCCACACAUGCACAUCUAUGUGGACAUAUACACCCACACAUAUACAUGGAGAUAUAUAUGUAUUUGAUUGACUCAUCAUAUGAAGGUGGUCAUCAUUUUUAUUGUCCAUGCACUGGGGUGAAGAAAGACACACACAAAAAAAAAAGAAAGUAUGUGACUUACAGGGUAGCACAUGGAAGAAUUGUAUCUGCUGUUUCCUCCUGGUUUGACCAAAAAGCAGCCAUUCCUGUUAGUUUUAUGAGGGACGCACUGACAGCACACUGCAGAUCCCCCCCCCAAACACACACCUGCAGCAGGUAUGUGCUCCUCACACCCAUGCACUUGCAUGUUCCCACAUUGCCAGAAAGUCUGCUUGCUCUCUCUCUGUUUCACAGCUAUUAUUUUAAUUUGUCCCCAUGAAGCACUAAGAUGAAAGGAUAAAACUGUCCUCUAUUAGAUUUGGUGGCAAGUGCCAAGCACAGCAAAAGUUAAGGUAUAAGGAAGAAAUUCAUAGUCUAAGUACAAUUUUUAAGGCCUUGAUGGGAUUGUCUUAAUGCUGUAAGAAAUGUAGUUUUUGAAAAGGUCUUAAAGCUGUCACUGUCAUCUUAGCAGCUUGUCUUUCAAACCAGCACCAAUGGCCAAACAGUAAGAAAUACAUGUGACAGAAGGUACAGACCCCUUGAUCGGGGCCAGGCUUGGUCACUUGGAUAUGAAAAGACUUAAUUGGCCUCAGCAAAUGUGGAAAAGGGCAAAUGUGGUUUGCAUGCACUGUACAAGUUACACUACAAAUUAUUUUGGUUGUUGGGUAGUGGUGGGUAUUAUUGUUGGAUAUUUUUGGCCUGUGUAAGAAAGACUUUGCAUUUCUUGAUCUCUUCAUAUAGUAGGAGAAGGAGAAAGUGCAAUAGUGUGUUCUCAUCCAGAGAGGACUGGUUUUGUUGGGUUGUGGGUGUGAGUGUGUGUGUUUGUGUGUAAACUGCAUCUAACAUCUAAUGCAAUAAUUGGGUGCAUAAACUAAUGCAUGACCAAAAAAAAAAGAAGCAAUAAUUUAAAAAUGGGUAAUUAUUCAUGUUUUCACUGCUUGAUCACUCAGGAGCCAAGUUAUAAACAUGUUAGCAACUGCCCUAGUCUACCUGACUCACAGGGCUCAAACCCAAACACUGAGCAGGUGCUUAAAUUAUUUUAUCAAGAAGUGAAUUCCUAAGGGCUCCGGGAUCCCAAUGUAUUUGAAAUCAACACAAAUUGAGGUCAGGAGUGUGUGUAUGUGUGUUAUUUUGCUUUUACAGCUGUUAUCAUUGUGAAUUUCUUUAGCACCAAAAGAAGUGUGUGUCUCACCUUUCAUUUCUAGUUUUAAAUGUGCUUAAACAAAAUAACCAAGUGUGUGAAAGGCGAACAACACAAAGUGAAAACAGAAAUCCGUUCCCUGUGUUACAGUGGUUUAGUCUGGGAAUAUCUGUCAAAAUAAAUGGCAAAUGCAUAAAAAAAAUCAGGGGAAAAGAGAGUUCUUUAUAUUUUUUCUGUUGCUUUCCGUUCUGUGCCCUCUGAACCACCACGAUCCCCAACAUACAAACAAGCACCUUUUUAAUUUAUUUUUUUUUUAAUUCUAAAGAUGCUUGAACACUCACAGGCUUAAGGGAAAGUUGUUGUUUUUUAAACUCAUCAUAUAUGCACACCAGGUCUUCUAAUAUUCCAUUAGUAGGCCUAAUAUUGGUAGUACUUUCAUGCUGAGCAAUAGUAGUGAGUGUGGGUUACAGCCCCUAUCUGAAAUAAUUAAAGGAAUGGAGUAGCUGUUCUGCUGUGGUCGCUGCCUAGGAAGGUACACAGGCCUAUAGUAUUGAUAAGUCUGUCCCAGCAUUUAUCAAAGCUAUAUUUAUAUAAGUAAUGUAUCUUCUUCUGCACAGAUUUUCUCUGCUACAGAACAUGCAGCCACACUGAAAUUGUAUCGUCUCUGUGCAGUAGUCUAAAUAACCAAGUAAUUCACUGAAGUGAAUAGCUAGGACUGCUGGUCUAAUUUAUCUGUUCUAUACAAUGGUGUGUUACUGUUAACUGUCAAAAUGAGAAGGGGUAGGGAAAAUGAAGAAAAUAUAAAAUAUAAGGUGUUUCUUUCAUUACUUUGGGUCUAAUUUAGAACAAUAAGAAGCUAAACACAGUAAUGCUGCAUCUAACUAGAACCUUAAUUAGGUUGAGAGAAGGCUUCUUACUGCUUCAGUCAAUGUAUCUUAGAGGAAAUUUCUGUAACUUAAAAAAAAAAAAAAAAAAUCACAAAAAAACCAACCCAGAACACAGCAUAUAGGCAGCUGAAUAUCUAUAAUAGAAAACAUAGAUUUUUCAGAAACAAAAAAUGUGGUAUAUGAGAAUUUUGUUGACUGGAUGAUAACUAACAGGAACCACAUUAAAGUAUCAGCAGAAGUUAUCUCAAACAGUUACAAAAUGCUGCUUCUGCCAUGGUAUAGCUUGGGACACAUGUGCUUAGCCAACACAAAUAACCUAACUCCUGGCAAAAAAAAAAAAAAAAAAAAAAAGAAAAAAAAAAAAAAGAGAAAAAAAAGAGAAAAAAAAAAGAAAAAAAGAAAAAUUGAUAUAACUUUAACUUUCACAUUUCUGUAGAGUUCAAGACCAAUUAAGUCACUUUCUUCCUUCAGAUAAAAACACACACGCGAACACAUAUAUACAACAUAUUUUGAUCAUUUCAUAUGUCUAAUUAGUUAUAAUUUGGGAGUGAGAAUGUGAAGGGGUACACUGAGAACCAGCUACCAUUUUAAGGUAAAAGUUCAUCAAGAAAAAGGAGUAUGACUUCAUCAUUUUACUUUUACCAUUAUGGGUUGGUGAGAGAGAUCAAAUGCUGGUGCUCAGAAAUGAUCUACCUGACUUUGUCAUAUGUAAUAUCCAGUGAUAAAAAUAUUGUCCUGUAAAAAGGGUUUGUACAUAACUUGUACAUGGUUUCAUUUUGUAUUUUUCUCAGAUUAAAAUUUAUGUAUUUGUGUUCUAAAAGAA